UCUGACCCGAACUCUGUCCCAGCCUUUCAAGAAUCUCGACCCUCGAGCUCGACCUUCGAGCCCUUGAUCCCGCGGAUAUCUGGCUCGUAGGGAAAGGCUGCGCACGCGGCCGAGAAGGAAAUCCCGACGCUGCGUCGCCGCCGGCAGCGUCGGAGAUCAGGCUGACGUCUUUCCGGCAAGAUAAGAUUAUGUGGGAUUUCAUUGGAGAAGGUGCUUUCUGCUGAUAUCCAUUUUCGGGAUAGUGCUUGUGCAACUAUUGAAAUUGUUGAAAAAGGAUGGAUUCUGAUGAUAAUGUCCUCCUUAAAGGGGGGUCGCAUACAUCUUCUAGUGCCAUAAGCACUCCCGAAGAAAAUGGAAAUACAAAUGAUUUUACCAAGGCUCAAAGUUCGCAUGCGUUCCUCAAAUCCUGUUCUAAAAUGGAACUUGUUCAUGCAACUCUUGAGAAAGAGAAGAAACAACCCAAUUGUUCAAAAUUUAAGAUGGGUGAUGAAUUAUCAAAAUCAAUUGCCAAAUGCAAGAAACAGGACUUAAAGAAGCACACUUUGAAUCAUUUAGCUUCCACCUGCAGUCAAACUUAUAAGCAACCGAGAAAGGAUAAGCAUCCUGUUCGGCUUUCUACUACAGAUGCCUCUCUGGAACAUGAAAGCACUUGGACUUGUAAAAAUUCUGCUUGUAAGGCUAUUCUCAGUUCAGCGGAUAUAUUCUGUAAGAGGUGCUCGUGUUGCAUUUGCCAUCUCUUUGAUGACAACAAGGACCCCAGCCUUUGGUUGGUUUGCACUUCUGAAUCUGGUGGUGGGGAUUGGUGUGGAUUAUCUUGCCACAUAGAGUGUGCGCUUCAGUGCCAAAAGGCGGGGGUUGUUGAUCUUGGGCAUUCCAUGCAGCUUGAUGGAAGUUAUUGCUGUGCUUCUUGUGGAAAGGUCUCUGGCAUAAUAGGAUGCUGGAAGAAGCAGCUGGCAGUUGCAAAAGAAGCUCGCCGAGUAGAUAUUCUUUGCUACCGAAUAUAUUUGAGUUACAGGCUUCUAGAUGGUACUUCCCAGUUUAAAGAAUUGCACAACAUUGUAGAAGAUGCAAAGGCAAAACUGGAGACUGAAGUUGGUCCCUUGAAUGGAGUGUCGGCCAGGAUGGCACGUGGGCUUGUAAGCAGGCUUCCUGUCUCCAGAGAUGUGCAAAAACUAUGUUCGCUUGGAAUUGAGAAGGCAGAAGAGUGGCUCAAGUCUGCUUGUUUCUCAGUUACAAAGCAAAAAGAUUCACUUCCUGCUGCAUGUAGAUUCCAAUUUGAGGAGAUAACAUCAUCUUCUCUUUUAAUUGUUUUAAAAGAACCAUUCUCUUCGGCACCUUGUGCCAUUAAGGGUUACAAGCUCUGGUACUGCAAGAACAGGGAUCAGAUUUACCAGAAAGAACCUGUCAUAAUCCCCAGGGCACAGCGAAGGAUUCUGGUUCCAAACCUUCAGCCGUGCACGGAGUAUGCUUUCCGGAUUAUUUCCUUCACUGUAGAAGGAGAUUUGGGCCACUCUGAAGCCAGGUGCUUCACCAAGAGUGUGGAGAUAAUUCACAAAGAAACGGAGCAAGCUGGUACAGAAGGGUGCUCAUCAAGUGGCAAGAGAGAUUCCAAGGCCCCGCAUACUGGGUCAUCUGGAUUCAAAGUCCGAAAUCUGGGGAAGAUUUUACGCCUUGCUUGGGCCCAAGAAGAGGGUUGCUAUGAUGAGUUCUACAAGGAUGACCUAGAAGAAGAAUCCUGUGAUGGGAGCGGUGCAGUGAAGCCUGACAAUGGUGAAGAGGAUCAAGCAGAGCCCUUUGUUGUCCGUCAACUUGAUUUGAACGUGGCAUCAGUUCCUGAUCUUAAUGAUGAUCUGCCUCCACCUAUGGAGUCCUCUCCAGAGAAUGGAUGCACUUCACAGAAGAAUGGCCUUAUAAGGUCAAACGGUAGUGGAGAUUCCCAGACUUAUGUGAUCAGGGCGGGUGGUGAAAUCCCAGCUGUUGAGUCUCACCCAGAUUGCAGAAAACUAUCACAACAUCGACAUGAUGAAACCUGCGAUGGCGACAGCACUUUGGUCAGCGGGGCAUCCCUCAGAUUCUCCCAUGAUUCUGGUCAGCUGGAUGACAACUAUGAAUACUGUGUCAAGGUGAUAAGAUGGUUGGAGUGUUCGGGGCACAUCGAGAAUGCCUUCCGCAUGAAGUUCUUGACAUGGUUCAGCCUCAGGUCCACCGAGCAAGAGCGCCGGGUGGUCGUCACAUUCAUUCGAACCCUCAUCGAAGAGCCUAGUAGUUUGGCAGGUCAGUUGCUGGAUUCCUUUUCUGAGAUUGUUAGCUGCAAGAGGUCACGCAAUGGCUUCUGCAGUAAGCUCUGGCAUUGACAAUAGACACUUUGAUAGGAAGCUUACACUUUACUAACAAAUAGUGAGCAUCGGCCUUGGAGGUAAACAUCAAAACUGCUUCAACUUAUGGUUCUGCCUAUAUUUCCUAAUUGUGAUUGUUUUUCCAGUAGUUGCAGCCAGCGGUCCUGGAAGUAACAGGACAAUUUUUUUUUAUAUAUAUAAUUUCUCUAGAGCUGGGCGCUGAUUGAUAGUCGAUUGAUGAUUUGUAUUUCAUUAUAUUUUUCAAAUUAACGUGUGGCCACUCAUUUUCUGUCUUUUUUUGCUAUAUCUUUCUGUGUAUGACCUUUUGAGAAUCACAGUGUAGUAGCAGUUAUAGCUUUGUUCAGUUCAAAGCCAUUUACAUCUACAUAAGUGAAAUUCAAAAUUAUUGCAG